AUGAAGUUUGUGUCGAAGCCUACGACUCCGGAACCUGAUCCGGAAAAAGCGCCGACACUGCCAGCCGAAAUCCACCCCGCACCAGCAGACGUGGCACCCCAGGUUGUGACUCCAGAGCCCAAGGCCGGGAACUCAUCCCCGCCAGCACCGGUGGCCGCUGCUUCGGUAAAAGCAGGAGACGCCAGCGCCACUGUGGAGGCUUCGAGCGGAGGAAUAUUUGCUGCAGCCUCUUGCAAGGAGGCAACAGCAAAGGCUUGGGUUCAAAGCGACCAGGGUGACGAUCUCGAGCAGCAUUUGGAGAAGCUGAUUGAGGAUCAGGAGCAGCUGGACGACGCCAACAGCAGGGCACAUGAUGCGGAAAUGAAAGCAAAGGCCAUGCAUCACCUGCUGCACGCGCUGCUUUCCUCGCCACCUGACCAACACGGCGCACGCGCAGAGCUGAUAGAACAGAUGCUUCGACGACCCGCAACUUGCGACAUCGAUGCAAUGACAGAGCAGCUCAAAACAAGUGCAGCAGCAGCGGGUGCACCGGAUCAGGCAGAUGUCGAGAUGCCACAGAAGCCCACAAAGACUCCAGAGCCGACAGCAACAGUAGCAAGUGUGCCAGCAAGGGAUGUGCCACAGACAACCGAGACACCGAAGCCCACAGAGACUCCAGAGCCAACAGCAACACCCGUAGCAAGUGUGCCAGCAGCGGAUGUGCCACAGACAACCGAGACACCGCAACCCGCAGAGACUCCAAAGCCGACUGCAACAACCACAGCUUGUGUGCCAGCAGCGGAUGUGCCAGAGACAACCGAGACCACAAAGCCCGCAGAGGCUCCGGAGCCGACGGCAACUGCCACAACCGAGACACCGAAGCCCGCAGAGACUCCAAAGCCGACUGGAACUGCCACAACCGAGACACCGAAGCCCACAGAGACUCCAAAGCCGACAGCAACUGCCGCAACCGAGACACCGAAGCCCGCAAAGACUCCGACGCCGACAGCAACUGCCGCAACCGAGACACCGAAGCCCGCAGAGACUCCGAAGCCGACAGCAACCGCAGCAGCAAGUGGCAUCCGUGUGAAGCAGGAGCCAGGCGUCGAGCGAGACCAGGUCACAACAGAGCGGAAGAAACCAGAUCGCGCAAACGAAAGCGAGGAGGAUCGCAAAGCCCGCGAGGCCCAUAACUCCUACAUGCGGUACUUUCGCUCGCCGAACUGCCCGCCGGAGGUGAGGGCCAAGGCGCUCACGGAGAGCGGCAAGAGCCGCUCCACCUCGAUAAUGCGCCACAUGUACGAGAUGUGGAUCAGCAGCGGGUGCGAUUGGAUGCAAAGUUCACUUGUUAUGAACGCUAGGAAGCGCAACAGGGCAAAAAGGACUGGCAGGCAUGGACCAGCUAUUGCGGAGGAUAUUCGUGCCAGCAAGAAAUCCAUGGACCCCUGCGGCACCGGCAAAUGGUGGAAAGUGCACCCCGACCAGCCCAAGAACGAGGACUGGGAGCUCUUCAAGUGCUUCGACUCUAGGGAGGAGAUUUCCGAGUCCGAGGACGAAUUGGAUUUCAGCAACCAUGUCGAGGUUGAGCUCGACCAUGAGGGGACCACCGGCGUUCUGUCACAUCUUCUGGAUGCCCCGAGUGGCGCCAGGGGCAGCAAUGAUCCCCGUCCGCCGGGGCGUAACAACAAUGAAAACACCAAUGAAAAGCCCAAGAAAGAGAAGAAGGUGAAGAACGCUACGGAAGAGGCCUUAGAUUUGCUGCGCAAAGGCACCCAACGGAUCAUCGAGGCGGACGGCAUGGACAGCAUGCUCCGCAGUGGUGGCAUGGGUGAAGCAUUUGCAAAAGCGAUGAUUGCCGACAUGGCGAAUGACAUCGAGAAGAUGAAGGACCGCCAUUCGGCUGUGCAGUCGGCUGUCACGACAAAGCGGGAUGAUGCCGAGAUCGGAAGCUUGAACGCGAUGCUCAAAGCGAGCUAUGCAGUUUACGAUGAAAAGAUGAAGGGUAUUAAGCGUACGCUUCGCCCGGCCCCAAAGGCCAAAGGCAAAGCAAAGGCCAAAGCCGCUGCCUGA